UCCAAGUCACAGCAACAUGCAAACGAAGGCUAUUAUUUUCGUCGCCCUGACGGCGUUUGCUCUCGCCGAAGAGAAAAAGGCCCCUGAGGACUCGAAAAAGGACAAGCGCGGACUCCUCGGUCUGGGUUACGGAUACGGACAGGACAGCGGAUUCGGCGGCUACUCCAGCUACUCCGGCUGGUCUGAUCUCCCGUCAUUCUCCUCGGGUGUGUCAACAAUAAUCACCAAAGAGAUUCCGGUUCCGGGACCCGCCAUUGCUGUCCCCAUAGAGAAACACAUUCCAAUUCCAGUUAAGGUGCCGUACGCAGUGCCUGUCGAUCGUCCAUAUCCAGUCCAUAUUCCCAAACCGUAUCCCGUGGAGGUCACCAAGCAUGUGGCGGUUCCAGUCGAUCGUCCGGUACCGGUGCCCGUCAAAGUGCCAGUUCCAGCGCCGUAUCCCGUGAGAGUGCCUGAACCCUAUCCAGUGGAGGUCGUCAAGCACGUGGCUGUCCCGGUCUCCCAGCCCAUCAUCGUGGAAAAGCAUCAGUCUCUUUACGCCGACCCCUGGGACUCCGGGUACUCAUCAUACUCUUCUUGGUAA